UUCACUGCGCAGCACUCGCUCCACUCCAUUAACCUACCCAACGUAAUCCAGCCAUAUAUUGAUUCACACUGUCAUUUGGACUUCAUCUACAAUAAGUGUAAUGGGAACUUGGCGAUAUGGAAAGAAUGCUUGUCUCCAAUUUGGCAUAACUACUUUGCCGGGUGCAUACCAAACUUUAUUGAUCCGUCGCUCUUCACUAAAAGCUGUGAUAGCUCACAGUAUGAUCCUACAUGGAUACAAGAGCAAGACCCAGCGGUGUUGGGCGCUACAUACGGCUGUCACCCUCAUUUCGCUACAGCAGGGAAGGACUUGUCAUUCAAGCAGUUAUUACUGGCGAUCGGGGAGUGUGGGAUCGACUACAUGAGGAGCGAAUCAGAUCCGAAAGUGCAGAAAGAAGUGUUCAUGACGCAGUUGUCUCUCGCAAAAGCCUACGAACUUCCUAUAGUUAUUCAUUGUCGUUCUGGCCCUAGGGGAACGCUCAAUGCGGAAGAAACAUGCCUAGAGGCUCUAGAUGAAGAAAUAUCUCGUUUUCAUAACAUCCAUCGUCACUGUUUCACUGAAAACUGGGAUGUGGCAUUGAAGUGGUUGCGAAGGUUCAGUAAUGUUUAUUUUGGUUUUACAUCAGUCAUUUCCUCGUGGGAGCAUAACGACAAGGAGAAGUACGAAGUUCUAAAACGACUCCCUUUAGAAUACAUACUGUUGGAGACGGAUGCUCCGUACUUCAGGCCUAACCAGGUUUGUUUUAGUGACGGUAUCAUGCCCAAUGAGCACGCUGUGGAAUUGACACGGGCUAAGAAUAUAAAUGUGAACAGGGUUAUUGAAGUAACUACUUAUAACGCCAGACACCUGUAUGGCCUCCCAACUUAUGAAUAA